CCCACAAUGCAAUUCUAUCAACGAAAACAACUACAACAAUAAACCAAAACAGGAACAAUUAUUCUUUUCCCAAAAUGUGUCAUAUCCUAACUACAUUUUCAACAAAUUAAAAUGCCGGGUAGAUCAGAGAACAGAGACUCUCGUCGGAGUCGAUCCCGACGUAGACGGGGACAUCGAGAUCAUCACCGGAGACACCGAUCAAGGCUAAGAACUAGAGCAAAAUCAAGUGACAGGAAUUUCCCAGCAGCAGUCUGUAACAUGCUAGCCAUUGUUCUUGUGUGCACAUCGCUUGCCCAACCUAAAUGGAUCAGCCUGGAUGGAGGCGGAUGUACCUAUGACGGGAAGGCAUUGAACUACAUUGGAGCACAACAGUUCUUCUACCCAGGCAGACUAUUGUCUGGGGUUGUUCAGUCCGAACCCACAAGUUACCAGUUUAGUCCUGAUCCUCAAGAUGUUUUGAUCAACUGUGUGAAUUUUAAAGCAGCACUGCUGAUGAAGACCGUCAUAGCGUUCUGUUUCCUCUCCAUGCUAGCCAGUCUCUCAGGGUUCAUUCUCGAUCUGACAGUCCCCAAGAACAGACCUUGCAGACUCCUACAGAGGAAUGCAAUUCCAAGCAUUGUUACUGUGAUACUGAGUGUGGUGAUCAACCUGUUCUGCUACUGGUUCACAACCGAAGUGGAGCGGCUGCAGAACCAGACCAAGCUCCCCACCAGCAAGGUGGUUGUAGACUUUGACAUCAGUUUCUACCUGAUCACGGCCGCAGGGGGUCUCAGCGUGUUUGCCACGGCCUUUAACUGCCUGCGCCGCCACCCCUUGUAUGAGGAGAGUGAUCAGGGGGAAUCACUCUUGGAUGACUAUGAUGCGCUGGAUGUGUUGCCUCCCCCUGUGCCUGAAAGUGCAAUUACAACAAAUCUGCCACCCCCACCGGCUUACACACCAUAACUGCAAGAAAUCAAGCUGGGCUAGACAUUGCAAGUCAUCUACAUGGAUUCUUUAGUGUUUAGUGUUGUGAUUGUAUCAAUAUUUGUCUUAAUUCAGUUUUCAUUGCUAUUGUAACAUGGGUUCAAGCGGUUGAUCAUUAUAAGAUUGUAAUUGCCAUUUUUAAGCAUCUGCAGCUGCAAUUCCAUUUUCAUAAGUAAAGCUGGUAUUUUCUACUGCUGGCUCUGAUCCCUUUCGUUUAAUUACUUUAUGAUAUCCUAGAUGUCAUUAUCAUUAAUUGAUUUGCUUGCUUCGUAUAUACAUUGUAUAUGCUAUAUACAAUUACAUGCAGGUAUAUCUUCAUUUUUUGUCAUAAAAUUUAAGAAUACCAUCUGCCCAAACACUUUGCUGUACAAGAACUAUUCAAUUGGUCAAUGCAGCAUGAUUGGAAGUUCAGAGUCUAAACUCACCAACACAUACCAUAGAUUUAAGAAUAAAGAAUAGACGAAAACCUAAGAAAAUUGCUUCAGGGUUAGCAUAUAUGCAGGCUACCACUUGUGCUUAUUUCAUUAAAUAACUUCUCUAAAUGAAGCACAAGGUUGUUAGAGGUAGUUAACACCAUCAUAGACUCAACAUUUAAGCAUUUUGUGAAUAUAUAGGUUGUGCUCUGUGAAAAAGGGGUUUAACGCAUGUGCAUAAAGUGUCGUCCCAGAUAAGACUGCACAGGAUAAUCAGGGACGACACUUUAUGCUUGUAUGAAAUUUUUCAUUUUAAGAACGUCUCUUCUUAGCAAAAAUCAAGUUAAGGCGCAAAGUGUCGUCCCUGAUUAGCCUGUGCAGAGUGCACAGGCUAAUCUGGAACAACACUUUAGGCCUGUGCAUUAAAACCCUUUUUCAGAGAGCAUGGCCCAUAUCAAUGUCAAUACUAUUAAUGUUUCUUAAUCAUAAGUCAUAGAAUUAACAGUAUGUCUAAAUAAGGGCUCUGUUUUGUAGAUGCUUAGUCAUAUGUUCGAUAAAUAAAUGGCAUAAUAUACAUACUGACAAAGCAAAAAAAAUGCAAAUAUAAAUAUUAUUAUAAUAUUGAUAUAUAUUUUAAAUGCUGAUAGCAUGCAUGACUGAAAAUGUGAAGAUUUCAUAAUGUAUUAAGAAACUGUGCUUUGUUUUAUAUGCUUGCCAUUGUGAAUAUUCAAAAUUUGCACCACUAGUACAUAUAAUAGCUUAAGUGCACGAGUAGUUAUAAGCAUGAGAGUUAAAUGCCUACAAACCAAAUAAUAUUGGUGUCAUUUAAUCAGAUCUGAUACUUGAUUAAUGCAUCGAAAGUUCAAUUGUUCUUUUUUGUGAUUGACAUUUUUUUACAAGAAGUGAUACAUUUGCCAACAAACAGCGUGAUUUCUGAUGCAAGUACAAAACACAUAUUGACAGAAAAGAUUCACAGAAUAAGAAAUCAAAAAUGUCUCUUUUGUAUUUCCAGAUAUGUUAGUCAGUGUGACUUUAAAUUCUUGUAUAAUUUCGUAUGUAACUACAGUAAAACUGCGAUAACUCGAGGUAGCAUGGGACUGACCUCGAUGCUCGAGUUAUCGCAGGUUUCGAGUAAUCCAUGGUAUUAUUUGUUUUCACUGUUUCGGUUGGUGAUGCUUAACUUCUGACCGCAAACGCUCUAUUUACAUUUAAGACGGUGCUUGGAAAAGAAAAAGUUUUGUAAAAAUCGCUGAUCCAAAUGGGGAGAUCAGUUUUUUGGAAGACUUCACAACAGAGUCUGUUGUUCCAGAGUCAGGAUUGUUGAAAUUACUAUACCGUCAAAUACUUUAUUGCUAUCUAGCUAUGCCCCCACAAGUGGGUCCUUCACUAGAUUGCUCAGGAGUUUUGACAAUGUGUAUGACUAUUUUCUAUCUGUGGUGUAAUGAUGCAGUGCAAAUGACAAGAAGUUAAGAGAUGCCAAUGUAUUAUCUUCUACGCUCUCUUUUGUACCAUACAUUUAAUCAUAAUUAUCGAUUGCUGGAAAUUAUUUAAUUAUCAUUAAAACUGUAAAAGACCUAUAGAUUACAUUUAACAUGUACUUUUUUGUUCUUUGAAACUGUGUAGCUUUUAUCUGCAUCUCAAAGGAUGACAAUGUGCAGUGUUUCUCAAACUGUGACUAACUUCACACCUAAUCAAGCGUUUUUUGUCUGCUUGAUUGCGCUGUUUUUACAACUCGAAUAUUUUUACCACCGACCAGAUGAGAAAGUGUCUUCGAAUAAUUGCCAGUUAAUUAGGUUUGAAAUGCAUUUCAGGGACCAGCACAAGUCCUCGAGUUAUCAAAAAUUGCAUGUUUAAGUUAUUGCGGGUAUUUUUAUAAAGAAAUUAAAAGAAAAUGUUAGGGACUGCCUUUAAUGCUCGAGUAAUCGCCAGUUUUCGAGAAAUCGCCAGCUCGAGUUAUUGCAAUUCUACUGUAGAUGAUAUCUCUAUUACUUGUUGCCAUGAAUAUAUGUAAAGUUAAGUUUCGCAACAUGCACUACUAAAUGAUAAGUACUAAGCUACAUAUUGUGUACUGAUCUAUUCGUACAAUCUGGCAGUGGUUCACAAAUAAGCUUGGCUUUUCUUCAAUUAACUUUUGAAAAAAAAUGUUGAUACAACCUGUGUUGUUGUUGCAACUUAUCUUUGCUAAAACGCUUAAUUCGUUAUGUAUAUUUUUAAUUAAAUUAUUCUAGAAAUACUGUAAAAUGUACCUUGUCAAUUAUCAUUUGUCAAGGAAAGUUUUUCACAAGUUGUGAUUUAAUGAUUUAUUUCCAUUACAGUGCUCCAGCUAGGGUUAAACAGCAGGGUGUUUUUGUGGAAAGGACACUUGAGAGCAAACAUUCAUUGUAUUCGUGUGGAAUCUUUAAAAAAAAGAAAGUGUUAUAUGAUUGCGUUAAUGUCAUAUUUCAUAUUACAUUUAUUUUUAUUCAAAACAUUGUUUUAUUACUAAAUAAAACUAUUUUCACUGUGAAAAUUGAGUGCAUUUAUUGAAACUUCAAAUAAAAUUUGCUGUAUAAUACUGUGAUCUAAUAAGGCAUGGUUGGGAUUCUGAAGGUUGCUGCUAUGCCCUCCAUCUUGCGGAUAGCUGGAGCACUGUCAUUACAUAUGUAUAUAUUGUGUGUUAUUGCUUCUGUUACAUCAUGCCAUAUAUUUGCUAUAAAAAGUUAUCUUUCCAAA